GGCGUGGCAAUUAUAAUAAUAGACAUGCGCACGUGUUGUGAUAACUCGGCACCGCAAACAGCACGCAAACGUAACUUAUACGCACGGCAUGCAGGUAAUUGAUUGAAGAUUUAUAAUCAUGAUUAGGGUCUAUGUGUUCGAUAUCAUUUGACAACUGUGCCCUUGAUAGCAUCAAUCCACCAAGUUUUUAAUGUUUCACCAAAGCGUGACAGCAAUCUUUCCAGGGAAGAUUGUAGUGUACCAUGUACUACAUUUCAUGUCUUGUUUAAUGUUAUGAACUUAAAGUAAACGCGCGCUGACACAGACAAGGGAGAUGAGAUGACGCGAUUCCUAUGUGUACAUUGACUAAAAAGCGAUGGAUUCCACUCAUGCAUGUACGAGGUCAGUGCGAGGAAGCUGAAAGUAUAAAGGAAAAGGACGCAGUCGACCAACUAUUAGGUCUAUGUUUGAACAAAGGUUGGCUAUGAUAUAAAAUCCCUCAACCAGGCCAACCUUGUUGAUCUUGAUGUCGUUCACAAUAUCACAAUUAUAAAUCAAAUGCAAAUGUCGUAAAUACUAUUUGCCAUGACGUGAUAGUACAGACUACAGUGUUGAGUGUGCGAAGAGUAACAUUUUAACCUCUUUAUUGACUGAAGACGAGCGAGACCGGCAUUGAGAAAGAUGUUGCAUAUUGGUUGGUUAUUGGGAAGGUGUGUAUCAUAUGCAGAUUCCACCAGUACAAGAAUGGCAGCAGAGAAACUUUGGUCUCCACUCUCAUGUUUUCAACCUGGAUUGCAGAAAGAUGCCAAUGUUGCACUGAUUAUUCUGAACAGACCAAUCCAUGAUGUACAGCCUCUCCUCAAAAGAAUAUGGGAUGGUGCCGUUAUCAGAGCAGCAGCUGAUGGUGGUGCCAACCGUCUACAGGAAUGCAUGUCACAAGAAGAUCACAGAUAUGUUCCUGAUAUUGUCUCUGGUGACUUUGAUUCAGUGAGGGAAGAGGUAGUCCAGUACUGCAAAGAAAGGGGAAGUGAUGUGAUCCAUACACCAGAUCAGAAUUCUACAGAUUUCACUAAGUGCCUUAAGAUUGUUGUGAAUAUCGUCAAGAAAAAGUCUUUGGCAGUGGAUAGCAUCGUGGUGUUUGGAGCAUUUGGUGGUCGAAUAGAUCAAACUAUAGCCAACAUCAACACCCUCUUUCUAGCGUCGGCGGUAACGGACCUACCUGUAUACCUUCUUGGAGAUGACUCCCUAGCAUGUCUACUACUUCCAGGCAGGCAUAGGAUUAAGGUGGACACUGGCCUCGAAGCCGAGUGGUGCGGACUCAUCCCUAUUGGUACGGAGUGCAAAAGGGCAUCAACGACGGGUCUCAAGUGGAAUCUAGAAAACCAAUCCAUGCAGUUUGGAGGUUUGGUGAGUACGUCCAAUAGCUACGCACCAGAUGCACAAGAAGUGUCAGUAUCCACCGAACAGCCUCUCCUCUGGACGAUGGGGAUUCAAACUUUGACCUCUGAAGGUCACAAUGGGUCAUUGAAUUAUAAUGGAUCAUCAGAGCAAUCAAAGCAAGAAACUCCUGAAUCACAUUCAUGACCCACAAGGCCAAUGUUUUGAAAAAAAUUGUGUGGUAAAAGUUAUUUGAUUGCCGUGAGAAAUUAGCAUUGCUUAAAUUAAAUAAUUUAGAUGUUCACAGAAAGCACAUUUAUUUAGUCGACAUAUCUUUAGUCGAUGUGUGAACAUGUGAAUUUUAACCAAUGAAAAUCAUGAUUCAGUGAGA